CCAUCUAGUUCAUCCAGCAUAUCAUCGGCACUAAGGCGCAUUGCUUCAAGAGGGCAUCCCGUCAGCGGGAACAGAUCCCUCUCCAGCCUAGAAUUCUCUUGCACAGAUAGAUCAAGUAGCUUUCCAUACCUUAAAAUAGGAAAUCCAUGACCCCUAAGAUCGCCAGUAGCUGCAACCUAGAACCGUGCAUCCUUGGGGAAAACCCUCGCAGGAGAAAAACCCAAGGCGGCCAGAACGCUGCUCUGUGGACGGGACAAUCGCCUCGUUCCACGAUCUCCAGGUAAGCUCUGUACCAUUUCGACCCAGCGGUUUUGUCUAGUAGUCUCAGCCAGUGAGACCAAUUGUCGAAGCCCGGUCGUGUUCCGGGCGGCAGCCGAGGCUGCAAAGAAGAAGAGGUUCUCUGGGCAGUACACGACUACAGAGAUCGGUUAUGCAGCUUCCGAGCUGCAAAAAGGGCAGCGAGCCAUUUGGGACCCGUGCGUCGAGAUAAGGGGGCACCAGAGGGCCCAAGAAGUCGAGCAGCCAGCGGCUGCUGGUGUUGUUCGGGC